AUGACGGCCCGUUCAACCUGGAUCGAGCGUGGUCCAAACGGCCGUCCUUACCUUGUCAGAAAGAAGUCAGAUAUGCCCUCUACAAGGCAACUUCUUUCCCAGACAUUGCUCCGUCGAAGCGCUCGCUCACUCUUCUCAUCUAGGGACUCGCGCCAGAAUCACCACGUCCAGUGCGUCACUGCUGCCGACGGCCAGCUCGCUCUGCCUGCGCCCACCUCACCCAACCCUCCUGCAGCUCCAAGUACUCAUCCGGCUGCUCCAAUGGCUCCCACCUCUCAGCCUCAACCGCAGCCUGUCACCAUGUACCUUCUUCCUCCCCAGCACAGUCAAAAUCACUCAGACUCCCAAGAGAAAAACAAUAGUCAAGAACAUGCCACAAAUCCACCAGGCCAAUUCAUCCCAGCACCUCCUCCGCCGGGCAUUUUCCCAAUCGGACCAUUCCCACCUCACCCAAUGCCACCUCCGCCGCCGAACUUUUUUGCACCACCCACGCAAUUUCCAUCUCAACUUCAGUCGUUCCUGGCCACACCACCAACUGUGCCACCAGGUGUACAUACAAGCACAGUCCCUGCACCGACGCAGCCAUAUGGACCCCAAAUUCCGCUCCCGGGUCCCAUAACCACGCAGGGGGAAGCGAGAUACAAGUGCGAAAUAUGCGGGCGAUAUAGGUCUGCUCGUUAUCACUACAAGCAUCCAAUUCAACCAGGACAACUUCCUGGCAAGACGAUCUGUCGAAAAUGCAGGGAGGAGGCGACGGACAGUGAAGAAGGCGAUAGUUCAGACAGUGUUCAAUCGCGCAGAUCACGACACAACCAUUCGCGUGCACAACCACGGCGAAGCACAUCGACCUACAGGUCACGGAGGCACCGAUCGCGAAGUCGAGCUCGAUCAAGAGGUCACCCCAAGCUAAUCAACUACGACUACGGACCGUACAGGGUUCCGUCAUUUACGGACUCGAGCUCAUCGAGCCACGAGGAAGAGCCACACAGUGCUCGGAGUCGAAGAUAUCGCCGCCCCGAAAAUGCAUACGCAGGGUUGGCCACGCGCACUCGGCGACUUCGCCUCUCCCCCCUGGGAGAGCGUACCUACUAUGACGAUGAUCGUGGAGGACGUAGACGGAAUUACGAGGAUGGUUUCAAGGACAGAGAACAUGAUGGACCCCGUCAAUCGAAAAUCCCGCAACAAGCCGGCAGCCCUAUUUUUGGGGACCGCUGCAUGCUCAGCCACGAGAAGGUUAUUCUCCCCAACGCGGACCAAUAUCGCCCCGGAGCAAACAUCCGUCCAUGUCCACUCACCAUGCUACACACCGCUCACGGAGCAUUGGUGAUUCUGAGAACGACCAUGAAGCUGACCAACGAAGGCCGAUACGGCUGCGAUCCAGAUCUGCUCGGCGAGGUCGCGACCACGACAGACAUAUGA